AUGAUUUUGGAGCCUUUCACUUCCAUUGCCUAUCAGUGGAUCUUCUCGUCGAGUUGUGGACCCGUUUGGGACUCUUGUAUGAUAACCAUGAAAAUGACAGCAUAUUCUAUCCAGGAUCACUUCGUUGAUGAAGACGCCAUCAUCGCCUCCACCAUUCUAGGCUGGCACGACACUGAUAGAUACCAGGGCUGCGUGUAUUUCCAAGUGAAAUGGCAAGGCCAUGAGAGCAGCAAAGAGUGGACAUGGGAGCCCCAGACGAAUCUCGAAAUCGAAGGCGACAUGUUGGUGAAAGAAUAUUUCGAAAGCCUCGCCAAGCGACGGAAGAGAGUCCGAAGGUCUGCAAGGAAGCAACCGAGUCCAUCGGGUGCUACGGUUGGCACUGGACGUGGCAGGAGGAAUGAAUGCCAUCGAACUGUCCCCUCAGGCCGCGUAGCAAAGUUGGCAUGGGAACCCCCACGAGGUAGUUGGGAACAUGAACCUCUCCAUAUCGAUGGCUGCGGGGGAGACAGCGCAGAAACCCUGAUGAUCUACAUUACCUGGCUCGGAGGUCAUAGGACCAGGCAUAAAAUGGAUGUGCUAUGCAACAAAUGCCCCCAGAAAGUAGGAAUACCUUGA